GCUAAUGCACCCCAGCGGCUCCAAUCCGCGCUCUGGUACUCAAUCGGGCAGUUCGUCGACAACGAAGGGGCAGAGGACUUCAAUGCGACGCCGCAGUUCAUCGGCGCUUUGACUGAGCUCGUCUACACCCAGAUCGAGAACUCGGCCAAAGACCUCGAGUUGUUCUCAAAGCAUGCCGGGAGGAAAGUUAUCAAUGUCGACGAUGUCAUGCUGUUGACGAGGCGAAACGAGGCGCUGGAAGAGACGUUGAAGAGGGAGUUGGAUCGCAUGAGGGCGGCCGAAGGGCGG